UUUUGGGGGGAGCGGAUAAAAUGGUUUUCUGCUCACAAAACCGGAAGGUGUCAGACAAUUCUCGAGGGUUGCUAUUUGUGUGAGUUAGCGUUUCAAAGAAGCUGCUAAACGAGCAGCUGCCGACCCCUCGGCCACGUGCCCGGCGGGGGCUCGAAGGGCUACAACAGGCACCCCCAAACUGCGGCCCUCCAGAUGUUUUGGCAAUAUGCAAUCCCAGACAAGUUUAAGCACAACUCAAAUUGCUCUUUUUCUUUUUUUGUAAUGAAAGCUACAAUUUUCUUUUGGAACAGAAUGCAGGGUAACAUUUAUCCUGGAGAUACAGUAAUGCCUAAGGAUGUAUCCAUAAUUUCUCAGCGCAGAUUGAAAGGGCUCCUUAAUUGAAUUGUACACACUAAAACUCUGCACCUUGUUUAUAUGUAGAACAGUCAUUCUGUAGUGGCAAUGUGUACAGAUGACAAGCUUCAUCAUUGUUCAUGAUUUAUUGAAGUGUACAUCAACUUCUACUAGUUAUAUUAUGUGCGUGGUCCAGUGUCAACAUGUCAACCCAUCUUAUUUCUGUGUCACGGUUGGAGUUUGCUUCUUAGGCCUCAGUUUAAAAUACAGGAUGAUACUUGCAAGUGUUUCAUGUGUAGCUAUAACAUAAUUUCUUCUGCCUGUUAUGGGUAUUGGAGUAUAUCUGAAACCCUGUGAAUUGGUGUUGUGACCCAGCGUCAUGCCCUGCCAUCACUACUAGUCCAAAUGUUUCUCAAAUGCGAUUAAGCACAGAUAUCUCCUCAACAGGGAACUUUUCUUUCUCGGUUGGACACCUCAAGUCUAAAGAUGGAGAACCGGCAAAAUUUAAGCCACCUCCAAAGCCAGUCAUUGUUGAUGAAUCAAAAACCCAAACAACAGAGACACGAUUCUUGAGUCCUGAGUUCAUCCCUCCUCGGCAGAGAACAAAUCCUUUCAAGUUCUACAUUGAAAGAAGUGACAUGAUACAGAGGAGAAAAGUAAUGAAUAUUCCGGAGUUCUAUGUUGGAAGUAUACUUGCUGUUUCUACCGCAGAUCCCCAUGCUAGUGGGAAAAGCAGCACCUUUGUAGGACUUUGUAUUCAGCGAUCAGGAAAAGGACUUGGUGCAACCUUCAUACUUCGCAAUAUAAUAGAAGGACAAGGUAUUGAAAUUUGCUUUGAACUAUACAAUCCUCUAAUCCAAGAGAUCAAGGUUCUGAAACUGGAGAAAAGAUUGGAUGAUAACCUGAUGUAUUUACGAGAUGCCCUUCCAGAGUACAGCACUGUUGAUGUUAACAUGAAGGCUGUCCCACUUUCAGCUAUGGAAGAAGUUCCUAUCAACAAGAUGAAAGUCCGAAUGAAACCGAAACCAUGGUCAAAACGCUGGGAACAUCCAAAAUUCAAUAUCCAGGGCAUUAAUUUUGACUUGUAUCUUAAUGAAAGACACAAAGCAAAAGUAGAAAAAUGGCAAAUGCCUUGGGAUGAAUUUGAUAUGCUGAAAAAGUACGAUACAGUAGAAAUUGAGAAGAAAAUCUGGGAAGAAGUGAAUGAAGAGCUGAAAAAAAAGGUAUAGAAAUUGUGGAAAACUACAUGUAACAACUAUCACCAUUAAUUUUAGCAUUUUUUAUGUUGAAUAAUAAACACCCGUAUGAUCAUUUUCAAACUGUUAGCUUUUUGCAGUGUCAGCUGUACUUGUAUAUUCAAAGCACCAACUAUUGCUGUUUGCUUUAUAUUCUUCAAUAAAUUCAUUUUGUGUUUAAUAAGAUGAUCAAGAAAUACUUGUAGGGCAUGCAGAAUACUUUUUCAUCUAUGAUCAUAGGAAACUGGAUUGAAGUUAGGUGUAGAACUCCAAUUUAUGAACAGUGGAUGUGUCUACUAACUUUUAUGAGGUUUAGAUGGAACUAUGAAAAAGCCAGUAGCAUGUCAACACUGAUAGCAGUUGUCAUUUAGUCGUGUCCAACUCUUCGUGACCCCCUGGACCAUAGCACACCAGGUACUCCUGUCUUCCGCUGCCUCCCGCAGUUUGGUCAAACUCAUGUUCGUAGCUUCGAGAACACUGUCCAACCAUCUCGUCCUCUGCCGUCCCCUUCUCCUUGUGCCCUCAAUCUUUCCCAACAUCAAGGUCUUUUCCAAGGAUUCUCUUCUCAUGAGGUGGCCAAAGUAUUGGAGCC